CGUGGCUUCUUGUUUUGACUUGAAAUCCGAUCUGCACUCCAAAGUUCAUAUAAUAUGCAUUUACUCCGUAAACAGAUAGACAUCACAAAGUGAUUUACAUUAAUGUUGAAGCCGCGUUUUUUAUUGUUUGCAUCGUGAUGUGCGCCAAGGAAAAUCGAAAAUGGUUUCAAAUAAAGGUGGCAGUGCUAUUCUGUCUGAAGACAAUUUUCAGCCAUGGCACAGUACACGAUGGUUUAAAAUCUGGCGGUGCAUCGCAUGACUUCAAAUAUGAAACAAACGAACAUAGAGCAUACGAGAAAAGUGUUUUACUCGGCGAAGAAGAGGAAGGAGCGGGUUAUGAUGGUCUGACUAGAGAACAAAAAGUAGACAGAUUAUUAAAAAUUGCAAAAAAAAUUGAUGUUGAUAGCAAUGGUUUUAUAACAAAAGAAGAAUUGCAAAAAUGGGUUCAAGAAAACCACAUGAAAUAUCUAAUACGAAAUGCUAUAGAUUAUAUCGUUGAAAUUGAUCUGAACAAUGAUACCAAGAUGUCAUUUCAAGAAUACGAGGAUUCUUAUUUUGUACAAGGUAUUCCAGGGAUACCGAAAACCUAUAGAAACACAACAAGGUAUCGACAUGGGAAGCGCCGCUUUGAAUAUGCAGAUCUCAACAAAGAUGGUCAUUUGUCCUUACACGAGAUUGUAUAUUUCCUUAAUCCUGAAGAAGGCAAGCAUAUGAAAAAAUGUCUCGUUCUGGAAACUAUCGAGAAUAUGGAUAGGGAUGGAGAUGGAGCAUUGAAUAUUAAAGAUUACAUAGGUGAAGGAAUCUUGGAAAUGGACUCUGGAGAAGAAUUUGUGGCAAAGGUGAAAGAAUUCAAGGAAUUCGAUAAAAAUGUUGAUGGUCUACUAGUUGAGAAUGAAGUACUUGACUGGAUGUUCCCUCCUGGUUAUACAACUUCACAACAUGAAGUAGAACACAUUAUGAGUCAUGGAGACAACGAUAAGGAUGAGAGUUUGAGCUAUGAAGAAUUUUCAUCAAUUCCAGAGCACCUUGAAAACAGCAGAGUGACAAGCUACGGUGAUCUAUUACAUGAGCACAGAGACGAACUGUAAUGCAAUGCACGAUUUCCUAUUUAUUAUUUUGCAUGCAGAAAUUUUAGUGUACGCAUGCGCAGAGUGCCUGUGUUAUUUUUAUGCACCAUUUGUACAAUAAAAAAGAAAUCUUCGUUUUAGGUUAAAUAAUGCCAUAUACUAAAUCUUCUAUCAACAUCGCUUGCUAGGCCUUUACGUAAAGAUAUCAUAACUCGCCGUACGAGCUCGGUAGCUACGUAUGCUACGGCUGUACAAAAACUCCUCGGUCCGAUACUAGUUCGUUAAGACAUCGCACUCGGGGAGCCGGGAUUCAGCAAAGCGUUAAAUCAAUUUGGCAAUUGGAAAAUUUUAAAUACUAAAAACUAAUUUGAGCGAUUUCCCUCUGCUCUGACUUCAUAAAUAAUUUCAAUCCACAAUACCAAACAAAUAAUUUAGCCUGAUUUGAAAAUUACAACUAAAAUGAGUCAUGACGCUUAAGAAAAGGUUGUAAGUUUUGUGCUUGAAGUUUUGCUUCCUUUCAAUGACUCAAAAUCAUUGCACGCCUCAUUGAAUCCCUGUUAGCUUGGGUCAUGUAAACAACCCUAAGUAGUAAAAUAGUUGGAAGUAUACUUACGAAUAAACAUGCACGAAGGAGUUUCUUUGAAGGAUGAAACUAAAUAUAGUGAGUACGAGCGAACCGACUAGAAACUUAACUUGGCGAUCAAUUCCAAAACUGCCGCAUGCAUGAGAGAAUUGUAUUUUAAGCAAUAUUGUUGAUUGUACAUGUUAAGGGAUGCGUUUUGGGGGAAUGAAAGUGAAGGAUUUCAUGUAGCAACUGAAAUAUCGGAGCCCGACCUACGACGUUAUGGACAGUGAUGUGUUGCUAAUGUAGCGACGUUAUGGACAGUGAUGUGAAUUCAUAUACAUUCAGUUUAGUGGCACCCAACUUCUAUCUUUUGAAAGUGAAUCUGUUUUCAUUGACGGCCUCCGUAAUGUACCUUCACUUAGCUAUUUCUGCUGAGAAACAAUAUAUUUAAGGAUUUUUGUUUUCAUUUUUGUAAAUAAUUAAGCAUUUUACAGUUGUGCAAUGUAUUUCCAUCCACUACAAAGCUUAUAGUCAACUUUUCAUCACUCAUUA